CAUCGCGAGUCUUCGGUGAGACUUGGCUCUAUAAGCCCGUGGGACCGGGUCUCGGAAACCCUUUUCAUGAAGAUGGCGCCGAAAGUGAAGAAGGAAGCCCCUGCCCCUCCCAAAGCCGAAGCCAAAGCAAAGGCUUUGAAGGCCAAGAAAGCAGUGCUAAAAGGCGUCCACAGCCACAAAAAAAAGAAGAUCCGCACAUCACCCACCUUCCGACGCCCCAAGACACUGCGGCUCCGAAGGCAACCCAAAUAUCCUCGGAAGAGCGCCCCUAGGAGAAACAAGCUUGACCAUUAUGCCAUCAUCAAGUUCCCCCUGACCACGGAAUCAGCCAUGAAGAAGAUAGAAGACAACAACACACUUGUGUUCAUUGUGGAUGUCAAGGCCAACAAACACCAGAUCAAACAGGCUGUAAAGAAGCUCUAUGACAUUGACGUGGCCAAGGUCAACACCCUGAUUAGGCCUGAUGGAGAGAAGAAGGCAUAUGUUCGACUGGCUCCUGACUAUGAUGCUUUGGAUGUUGCCAACAAAGUAAGCUUCCUUUGAUACAGACUCCUUAACACCUACCCCUGGGGUGCAAGUGAUGUUUUGUUAGCGACCAAAGCCUGACUUUUGUUGAUUAGUCUUGACUGACUGACUGUACCCCUGUCAGGCCCUACCCUCACCAUGUGCCCUCAUUUUGCUUUUUAACCAUGACAUUCCAGCUUAAUCUUCACAUUUCAGCUCCCAGUAACAAAGCUCCCUUUUGUUUUUCAGAUUGGAAUCAUCUAAACUGAGUCCAGCUGGCUAAUUCUAAAUACAAGUUUUUUCACUA